AGGAAUCCAUUUUACUGUUUCAUACGCCCCCCAGCAUUUCACAUCCGCUAAAAUAUAUUUUAUAAUGACCCGGAAAACGAGGUGAUGAUCAAUAGUAUUCACAUUUAUUGUUGUAUCCACGUCUGGAAGUGAUUUUACUAUGUAUGUUGUUGUCCAUCAAAGAUUUAUUACAUCAACAGCAUCAUAAUAUCUGCAGACAUGGAAAGAUGACCAACUCCAUGAAAUUUUCGAUAUUGUCCCUGGUUUUACUGUUGUUCUCCUGUUCUAAUUGUGACGAAAAUUUUUGCUCACGCAAAUUUCAAAACAAACCAAAAUGCCAUCGAUAUAAAAACAGAGAGCUCUUAUCAUCGAACAGAACUGACUUGAAAUGCGUUCAUAAAUCCAGGCAAAAUUUUGAUUACGACCUCAACCGUGCUUACAAUCUGCAUUGCUGCUUUUAUUCAUAUCCGUACUGUCCACGCAUCACAUGGUUAAAAGAUGGGGAAAAAAUCAACAAUAAUGACCUGUUGAGUAACGGCAAUACAACACUCAAAAUUCAACCUAAAGAAACUUCGCAAGGAAAGUAUACAUGCAUAGCAAGCACACCGUAUGGAAAGAAUGAAAGUUACAGUUUCAAUGUCGCUUUGAUAUCGUAUUGCGAAGAAAGAAACGAUAACGGUUGUGAAGUAGACACCAACAUCCUAAAAAAUCGUACUGUACCGCUUUACAUAUACGACGCUACAGCAGAAAACAACGAAGUCGAUGAACACCACUAUGUUGACCUUGCGUGCUGUUUUUUGGCAAAGCCAUAUUGCCCAAAUAUAAAAUGGUUUCACAAUGAUAAGCCUGUUGAGCAUAAUUCCUUUAGUCAGAUCAUAAAUGGUGGCAAUACAUUGCGUUUAUAUGCUAGCCCAAGAACGGAAGGAAAAUAUACAUGUACGGCAACUACACCGUAUAAUGAAUUUAUAAGUUACCACAUGGCGAUUAAGGUUACCAGAUCUUGCCAGGGGAAUUUUACAGUUCAGACAUCACCCGCCAAUCGUAUCGUUUUUGCAAGAAAAGGAGCUAAAGUAAAUCUCCAAUGGAAUUUUAUAUGUGACGGUCGUCUGGACUCGCUCACACUUUGGUGUGGGAAUGAUAGUAUAACAUUAACUGGAAAAGACAAAUAUUACAAUCUUUCACGGAUAAACUUCGACAAAGAGAACACAGUUACGCGGCAGGUUACGAUGGCGAUCAGUAACUUUCAAAGAAGUGAGAAUAUCACAUGCAAAAUAUUAUUUGAAAACAACCCGUCUGCCACGUUUAUGCUUGUUGAAGACGUUUCCGAGCAACCAACACGUGUACUUCACCACAAAACGUUUUUUCAAAAAACCGGAAUGUGGAUUAUGAUUGGCGCGCUUUGCGCUGUUAUGGUUGCUGCUUUUGUCCUUGUUGUAUUUCAUCGAAAGAAGCUGAAGAAAUACACUCGAUUUUUUUACCCUAGAAAUGAGCAAGAUGAAACAGCCGCUCUCUUCGACGCAUUUAUCUCGUAUAGUGAGGCGGAUGGAGGGAGAUUUGUCCGUACGGUUUUAAUUCCUUUGUUAGAAGAUGAAUGCGGUUAUAAACUAACUCUACAUUUUCGAGAUUUCGCCGUUGGCAAGGCGAUUGUUGACAGUAUUGUUUCCUCAAUUUACGAUAGUCGUCGAAUUGUAACUAUCAUUACAUCGGAGUUUCUCAAAAGCGAAUGGUGUAAAUUUGAAGUGGAUCAAGGAUUAAGAUGUGCUAUCAAGAAACCGAAUCGUCUCGUCGUUGUGAUGCUACAGGAUAUACCAAAAAAUAAACUACCAAAGUCUCUACGCUCUUUCAUGUCGCACGUCACCUAUCUGGUAUGGGAUGAUCAUAGAAGAAAUCAAAUGCGUGAAAAACUUAAAAAAGCGUUAGGUCCACCAUUGACAAAAGAUGAAACAAUGGAAGAUGAAAGUGAAGAUAAAAGUUCUUUGAAUGAAUCUGAAAACGACUACAGUACCACUAAAAACCGCAAACAGAAAGAAUGGGCGAAUGACGAAAUUGUUGCCGCCGUGUAAACUACUUUUUGUGUACAUAUAUGUGUACAUAUGUGUACAUAUGUGUACAUAUGUGUACAAAAGAUAUUUAUGGAGUUUAUGGCGUUACCGUAUUUUCACACGUUUUUACGUUUGGUUGAUUAUGACCAAAAUCACGGGGAAGUGUUUUAAUAAUGGUUCUAAAAUGGUCUAAAGUAGACCUUCAGGACAAUCUUGCUCACUGCAAAAGCAAGACUGUAGCUGGGGAAAAAUGCAUGAAAAGUGAAUCCUUGAAAGCUAAGAAUAAAUCAAGGAUGUACGUACAGAACAGUUCUUAUCAAGACUAUUUCCACGCUGCCACCUCAUAAGAAAAUGUCUCUUAAUAGCAGUUGACAUAUUAACAUAUAUUAACAUAUAUUAACAAAAAUUUUAAUUCAAUGAAUCUAUAUAAUCGCGUUUUUAUAUAACGAAGUAGCGUACUGUUGUUAAUGCUAUUGAGUACGCUUCUAGCUUCUAGAGAAGUUGCAUUUUAGUGUUGAUUUAUUUAUUUUGAAAAACCUAUUUAGAGAUGAUGAGAUCAUGUAGUCACUUUGUAUAUAUUGUGUAUUGUUUGUUGCAGUGUGAUAUGUAUCGUGGUUUUUCAUUGAAUAAAACAUUGGAAUGUCGUGGA